AUGAAGACAUUCGUAAAAACACCGCGGGGCAUUCCCCACGAUGAAUUAUUUGAUAUCUCAUUAAGAAAAGCGCUCCCGCCUAAUUUCCACUUUAAACGAUUUUCGAAUACAAAUCUGCGAGUAAUAUCUUCAAAUGAGGGAAAAAAUGUAUAUUUCCUUGGCUUAGACUUGGGCUUGAACGCUUCGAGUGUAAGAACCCUUGUGCAAGACAAGUAUCUUACGUGGUUACUGCUAAAUGAAAAAGAAGAAACAAAAGUUUAUAAUAUGCCCUUGAACAUGAAAUUUUUCAUCGGUUAUGGGCGAGAAUUAAUCGGUCACAGAAAAUUGAUAACUAAGGAAUUAUAUGACCUUAUUGAAAAAGAAAAAAAGCUCGUCCUUAAGCCUACUAAUGGUGACGGAGGAUUUAAAGUUUUUAAAGUGGAAAAUAAAAUGCAAAUUGAUCAUGCAUUGAAAAGCCUAGGAUUUGAAACUUCAUUUAUUGCCACUAAUUUUAUAGAGAUUCGAGAGGAAUAUCGCGUUCUUGCUUAUCGUCCAGAAGAUAAAUUAGAAGUGCUAAUGUGCCUAAAAAAGGUACCCAUGAUAAUUAAAGGUGAUGGUAAAAAAACUAUCAAAGAAUUAGUACAUUAUAAAUUCUCACAAGCUCGUGAAGGAAUAGCUUAUGAAGAAAUAUGGAAGGACGUGGAAGAAAUGUUGGUUGCUCGGAAAUUGUGUUUUGGUGACGUUCUUCCCGGGGGUGCGGAAAUCAAUAUCACCUGGAAACAUAAUCAACGUUGGGGUUCAGAAAUUACGGUAAUUGAAAGAAAUAAUAUCCCCGAUAAGAUUCUCGAUAUUGCCAGAAAUGCAUUUCAAGUAUUGAACAUGAAUUUUGGCUGUGUUGAUGUGGCUAAAUGCGAAAAACUUGAAAAGGACACGAUGGAUUAUGUAAUUCUUGAAGCGAAUACAGCAGCACUUGGCGAAUUAUUGAGUUACUGUAGUCAAGAGGAGCUAAUUCAACUUUUCAAGAAACUCAUAAAUCAUCUUAUCAAAAACCGCGUUAUUACAGAAGCAAUUUUGGAUACGGUUAAAAACGCACCAACAGAAGAUAAAAGAGAAACGAAACAAAUAAUUACGACUUAUGAGGAAAAAGCCAGUUUAAAAAAACAAUGCAUCAAUGAGGCAUGCAAAUCUUUGGAAAUUUCCGCGAAAUUUUAUAGUUAUGAUUAUUUGUCCGUUAUCGACAAUAAAAUCUUUAUGAUAAACUUUGAUCUUGGAAUCGAAAACACAACUGCUGUCGAUAUAUGCAAGAAUAAAGAUAUCACAUCACAAGUCUUGAAAUUUGCAAAUGUUCCAUCUAUAGAACACAAAUUAUUUAAAAUAUCGGAAGGUUUUAGUGAUCUGGGCGAGUUCAUCCAACAAGCUAAAGAAUGGAAUAUGGAUGUCGUCGUUAAAAAAAGAGAAGGCAGUGGUGGAAAAGGAGUGUUUCAUGUACAAGAUGAAAUCGAGCUAGAAAAACUUUUAAUAAACGAAAUGGAGGAAGGAAUUGUGAUGUCUCCUUAUAUUGAUAUUAAAAAUGAAUAUCGCGUGCUCAUAUUAAAUGGAGAGCAAUUAUGUAUUUACAAGAAGAAUAAACUUUACCUAGUAGGCGAUGGAAAAUCCUCGCUCUUGGAAUUAAUAAUUAUGAAAAUCAAAGACAAGGAAUUGCGUAAUAAGAUCAUUUUUGACUUUUUGAACAAAAAGAAGGCAAGUCUCGAUUACGUGGUUAAGGAAAACGAGAAAUACUUUCUUACCUGGAAACAUAACCUCGACCAAGGAUCGACUCCAGAGAUUUCCGAAGACUCGAAACUCAACAUACAAUUGUUAGAUUUAGCAUCGAGAAGCAUUAGAGCCAUCGGUAUGUCUUAUGCUGCUGUUGAUAUAAUUGAAACAAGCAACGACGGCAAACUAUAUGUUUUGGAAGUUAAUGGCACGCCAACAUUUUAUCAUUAUAUCGGUUUUUACGGGAAAGAAAAUUUUUCGCGUAUUUUGCAAAAAUUGAUUAAGGUACAAUUGCAAAGAUUGCAAACGAAUACUCGGCUUCUUAAAAGUGAACCUAUUUACACAAUUUAA